UUCUGGAAGAUCUGUAACUCACAAAUCUCUCUCUCUCUAAAAGGAGCUCGAAAGAGUUUCUCUCUCUACAAGAUAUGAGCGAACCCAUCGAGGCAUCUACGACGUCUCCGUCGCCGUCGCCGUCGCCGUCUCCAUCUCCGACGCCGGCGAGGGACCCGACCAGUCUGAUGCACCCCCGGCGAGAACCGUUCGAGCACGGCCUCCUCCCAAUCCCGAAGCUGAUCUUCACCGACCCGACCCAAACCCUAAUCCCGCUUAAGCGGAAGCUCGUCGAGCAGUCGUCGACGGGCCAGCGCAUCAGCGCCUCCGCCAUCGCCGACGCCUUCCAGAUCUCCAUUGACCACGCGCGCCUCGUUCUCGACACGCUCGCGUCGAUUCUCCACUCAGAGUCGGACCCGCUCGUCCGAGCCAAGCCGAGCGAGAUUGACGAUGUCGGUGCCGAUGUUCAUGAUCUGGUUCUUUUCCUCUACAUUCAGUCCUACAAGAGGCUUUUGCCGAGGACGCACAAGGACUCGGCUUCCGUCGCCGAUGUCUGGCCCUCUACUUCGGCUUUCGAUGGCUACUUGUCCGCUCUUUCGCCAUUGCAGCUUGUACGCAGCAACAGCCGUCGGCUUAUGCCAUCACAAGCUGAUGAAGAGGCUCAUCAGCUAUCAUAUCUGCAGAAGCACUUGGCUAACAUUCUGUCUCUUUUAGCAGAACCUGUGGAGGGAGAAGGCGAAGAAUCUCUGGUUUUAACCAUGGAGAGGUUUGAGCAUCUUGGGUUUCUGAUUCAAUUCGGUGACAAGGGAACGGAGGAAAGCCACUUGAGCCAGGCUGCUCCAUUUUUUGCCAAUUCAGAUCCUGAUAUGCCUGCCGUUCCUGUUCCUGCUGCACAAGUUCAUGACUGGGUUCUGCAGAAUAUAGCUUCCACCUUGGAGCACAUUUCUGAAAGGAAUAUUCCAAAAGAUAAUGGGCCCACCAACGUCUCAGAUCCAGAUGUUGCCAUGACUGAUGCUUGUGCAAAUUCAACCAAGGCUUCAACAAGCGCUCGGAGUCCUAGUUUUAUUGAAGGAAUCUCGAAAACCUCUCUUGUAAAGCAAGCGUUUGACUUGAAAGGCUCAUCUGUAAAGGUUUUAAACUCCCAUGAUUCUGUUAUUUACAUCUUAGCACCUCUGAGAUACGCCACAGUUUAUGGAUGCUCUGAUGCUACUAUAGUUCUUGGAGCUGUUGGAAAGGCUGUAAGAGUGGAACACUGCGAGAGAGUUCAUGUGGUUACGGCAUCUAAACGGGUCUGCAUUGCUAACUGCCGGGAGUGUGUGUUCUUUCUUGGGGUGAACCAACGACCACUUAUGGUUGGUGAUAAUCAUAAGCUGCAGGUCGCACCAUACAACACAUAUUACUCUCAGUUGGAGGAGCACAUGUCUGAAGUCGGCAUUGAGGCUACUAUCAAUAGAUGGGAUGAACCUUUGGCCCUUGGAGUGGUUGAUCCACACGAUUCAUUAUCUCAUCCAGCUGGCAUUUCUGAUGUUCAGGCCGAGUCAGCAACGCGCAUAGACCCAGAUCAGUUUACAAAUUUUUUGAUUCCAAACUGGUUUGCUGGUGAAUCCGCUGGUUCCACAAAAGACAACCCGUUUCCCUUGCCAGAUCCUUAUUUGGCAUCUCAGAAAAGAAAUCAAAAGAAUUUAGGAGAGGUAAAACAACUACUGAGAGAAGCACCCCUCGAAGAAAACCGAAAACGCGAACUAACUUGUGCGCUACAUGUGUAUUUUAAAGAUUGGUUAUAUGCCUCGGGGAAUAUCCGUCAGCUUUACUGCCUACAAGGGGACUAAUAAUCGCAAGGUGCUUAAACGACUAGGAUGGUACAGAAGAAGUUUUCUGGUUUCAUCUUUUUAUUCCUCUUCAUGUUGAUCUUUUCGAUUUAAGUGGUACCACAGGCAGCCGAAAUAAACCUCACGCUUUUUCAGAGUGGUACAUCAUUUUAAGCAUUUGCAGUGUUGCAACUUGCACAGAGUGGAAGUAGAAGUACAUUUCCUAAUCUCAUUGUAAUAUUUUUUUUGAAGAAAAAAAAAGGUAAUUUACAGUAAUAUUUUGUUGAUCUAGGUUCACAGCCUUGUGAAAAUUUUUCACCAAUUUCCUCCUUUUGAUCUAGAAUGCUGGAUUUUCAACUCUUGUCUCCACCUUUCGAGGUUUUAUCCAAUUUGAUAUUUUAACAGUAAAUUACUUGUUUCCGGUGACAGAGAACCGAUUAUGUGCUGUUAGGAUUUGGUCCUAGUAUGAACGAAGA